AUGUCGCAGCUCCAGUACUUCGACUACCCUGGCUUCGGCGAGCGAUCCAAGCGGGAUCUCAAUUACAGCCAGGCAGUUCGCAUCGACAAUCGUAUCGAGGUAUCCGGCCAAGGUGGUUGGGACCGUACGACGGAGGAAUAUCCCGAUGAUCUUUCAAAAGAGGUUGACCAGGCGUUUGAUAACGUCGAACAUGCUAUUUGCCAGGCUGGUGGAACGGGUUGGGACCAGGUGUAUAAGACGCGAAUCUACAUUACUGUGCCCCUCGAUGACAUCGCGGAGCCGAUCAUCCGCAACAUGAAGGAACGAUGCAAGAAACACGGGCCUCUUAUGACAGUUGUGCAGGUUGUAGCUUUGUACAAGACGAUGAAGAUUGAGAUAGAAGCAGAGGCGCACUUAGGCUGA